UACUGUAGGUUAAAGCCCAAGUAUAAUCUGACAUAAGAUGUCUUUCCCACUCUUUCAUUGCCAACAUUUUGCACAUUCAAGGGAAGUGAUGUCCUGGCCAAAAAAAAGAAAAGCCCAGGGGUGAGGUAGAAAAAAAAGUGGGUAAACACAAAAUGAAGACACUCAGUGCUAGAAAGGAAAAAUAAAGGCAAAAGAGCAGCUACUUUGGUUGGUUAUAAGAGAUGAUAAAAUGAAAUCCUUUAUGUUUUCAUCCUGUAAAAUUUUAGAUAUUCCUAAAUUUGCCUAAGAUAACUUACUUUUCUGAGGAGUUUCUUUGUUUUUUUGCCCAGUGUUUUAGUGCCAAUUUUGGUAGCACACACUGAAGCUAAAUUUGCAGCCAGUUAGCAUAUAAUUUAUUUUAAAAGCUUAAGUAGGAUCUUUUCCAUGCAAGGUAAUGCUCUUAAAAUACAAAACGAGAUCAGUGGAUGGCUGUUACUCAUUUCACUUCCACCCGUGAGUGGUAUUCAUGGAGAGGACAGGAUGUAUUUCAGCUGGAGUGCCCCAUCCCGGCGGGAAAUGCAACAUUUCCCUAACAUCCAGAGAGAGAAAGAGAGAGAACGUGAGGCUGGUUGUGUAAGAGUUUGAACUGUUAUCUUCUGAGGCAGGAAUAAUGAGAUUCUGUGUCAUCCUCCCGCAUCUCCUCUUGCUGAGGCACCAGAUCACCAAGCUCCUAAAAUUGAAAAUCCACUCAGGGAACACUGGGAAUGCCCAAGGCCACAUAAGAGUUCUUCCUCUGGUGCUUGUCCUCACCAAACUCGUUGGUCCUCCUGUUAAUUGUCAUUUAGUUUCUUAAAGCACUUUUUAUCUUAUGUUCUCAAAAUAGUUUAUGGAGACCAUUUCACUUUUCUUUGUAGUGUCUCUAAGAGCAGAAUGCAUGCCAGUCCUAUUUAAUGAUGGAGACAGAGGAGAUGCUCUCCAUUGGCCAUCAAAACCUUUGGAGAAGGAAUGAGAUGGUAGCAAGGUUACUAUUCAGGGUCUAGGUCCAUAGACUCCACAUUUAUCUUCCACUUGAGCUUAGCACAAGUUUUUCCAGUUGCUUCUGUGUCUGGUGCCCUGAGCGACAUGUCUGCCUGGACUAACUUCUCUGCCAGGCUUACUUGAUUGGUAGGGAAGGGUGUUGCUACAUUUAUUUAUUACAUUUAUUUCUGUUUUAAGACAGAGACGCUGAAAAGAAAGGAAAAGUUACUUGCCUAAGAGCAAAAAAUUACUCAUUAUUGAAUCUACCUCUACAAUAGGAAACUAUUGAUUUCUAUCCAUGGUUUUCUGUUACUUAUUUUUCCUUUCACAGUUAUUGUUCUUGUCUUUUAUGAUGAUCCUUAACCUUAAGAUAAGUUGAACUAGAUGUCAAAGAAAAGACCAAUUAGAAAAAGUGCGUAAAUAGUAAAAUGACUGAUCCUUUGACCCUUGAAAAGAAAGUAAACAGUCUGGCUUACAAGUUUAAAAGAAUUGUUCAGCUGGAUGAUUCAAAAGUAUGCAGCCUUGUUAUUAACACUGAAAAAGUUUAAUUACAUUUCAUUAUACUAUACUAGCUUCUCUUAAUUGCUAAAAGGGGACUAUGAAAGCAGAACCCCAAACGCCUAAUCUCUGGAAGCUAGAUUCUCCUUGCUGCUUUGUAAUGUAAAUGUGCCUGUGUGUAUAUUAAAAUUCACACACUCCAUCCAUCUCACUGGCUUUUAACGGAGGGAUCACCUGAUUUCACGUAGAGCCAUCCUCUCCCUUUCGCCGAGGCAACCCAAAAGUGAGAGACAGGUGCGCACGGAGCACAGGUUCUCGCGUGGGAGAUGUAAAUGACCCCGGGCGCGCGAACCGAGGGAGACUCCGCUGGGGGGUGGGGAAGGGAAACGCAGGGAGAGGCCCGGGGCGCCGGAGGGGAGAGGAGAGGAAGUGAGGGAGAGGAGAGAAGGGGAGAGAGCGAGAGAGGAGGAGAGAGGGCGAGACGGGGAGAGGGAGAGAAGUGCUGCAUGCUUCAUCUUUGAGAGGAGGGGAAAACAAAAGACCUCAGCGGCAGUUAUGUGUUGCUGUGUCUGGCUUGGAGGGGAAAAUUCUAGACAUCCAUGCUGACAAAACCAAAGCUCAGCCGAGACUACUUCUAUCAAGAAAAUUCUGUGUUGCGAGCAUGGGUUGGAUCAGUACAGGUGGUUUGAGAAGACACUGACUGAGGACCAUGGGAAGGUGGGAGAGGACGUGCGGCUUCUCGGCUUCCUCUGAACGAAGCCCGAGGCACCACAAGGCCACAUAAGGAGGGUGAGGUCCCUGGAGUGGACUAUAUUUUCAUCACCGUUGAAGAUUUUAUGGAAUUGGAGAAAAGUGGUGCUCUCCUAGAAAGCGGGACUUAUGAAGACAAUUACUACGGUACCCCGAAGCCUCCAGCUGAGCCAGCACCAUUAUUAUUAAAUGUAACAGACCAGAUACUUCCCGGAGCCACUCCAAGUGCUGAAGGAAAACGGAAGAGGAAUAAAUCAGUGAGCAACAUGGAGAAAGCGAGUACAGAGCCUCCUGAGGAGGAAGAGGAAGAGAGGCCUGUGGUCAAUGGAAACGGAGUAGUAAUAACACCAGAAUCCAGUGAACAGGAAGACAAAAGUGAAGGUGCCUCAGGGGAGACACCCUCCCAGCCUUAUCCUGCACCAGUGUACAGUCAGCCUGAGGAGCUGAAGGAGCAGAUGGAUGAUGCAAAACCAACGAAACCUGAAGAGAAUGAGGACUCAGACCCAUUGCCUGAUAACUGGGAAAUGGCCUAUACAGAGAAGGGUGAAGUCUACUUCAUUGACCAUAACACAAAGACAACAUCAUGGCUGGAUCCACGACUUGCGAAAAAGGCUAAACCUCCAGAAGAGUGCAAAGAAAAUGAGCUUCCAUAUGGCUGGGAAAAAAUCGAUGACCCCAUAUAUGGCACUUAUUAUGUUGACCACAUAAAUAGAAGAACACAGUUUGAAAACCCUGUCCUGGAAGCAAAGAGGAAGCUACAACAGCAUAACAUGCCCCACACAGAACUUGGAACAAAGCCCCUGCAGGCCCCAGGUUUCCGAGAAAAGCCGCUCUUCACUCGGGAUGCAUCCCAGCUGAAGGGAACCUUCCUCAGUACCACCCUGAAAAAGAGCCACAUGGGUUUUGGAUUUACCAUCAUUGGAGGCGAUGAGCCUGAUGAGUUUCUGCAGGUGAAAAGUGUGAUCCCGGACGGGCCCGCCGCACAGGACGGGAAAAUGGACACAGGUGAUGUCAUUGUCUAUAUUAAUGAAGUUUGUGUCCUUGGACACACUCAUGCAGAUGUAGUCAAACUUUUCCAGUCUGUUCCUAUUGGUCAGAGUGUCAACCUCGUGUUGUGUCGUGGCUACCCUUUGCCCUUUGAUCCUGAAGAUCCCACUAACAGCAUGGUGCCGCCCCUUGCAAUAAUGGAGAGGCCACCUCCAGUGAUGGUGAAUGGAAGACAUAACUAUGAAACAUACUUGGAAUACAUUUCUCGGACCUCACAGUCAGUUCCAGAUAUAACAGACCGGCCACCUCAUUCUUUGCACUCAAUACCAGCGGACGGUCAGCUUGAUGGCACGUAUCCACCACCUGUCCAUGACGACAAUGUAUCUAUGGCUUCAUCUGGGGCCACCCAAGCUGAACUUAUGACCUUAACCAUUGUGAAAGGUGCCCAGGGCUUUGGCUUCACUAUUGCCGACAGUCCUACAGGACAGCGGGUGAAACAAAUACUUGACAUUCAGGGAUGCCCUGGCCUGUGUGAAGGUGACCUCAUUGUUGAGAUCAACCAGCAGAAUGUACAGAACCUGAGCCAUACAGAAGUAGUGGAUAUACUUAAGGACUGUCCCAUUGGAAGUGAGACUUCUUUGAUUAUCCAUCGAGGAGGUUUCUUUUCUCCAUGGAAAACUCCAAAGCCUGUGAUGGACCGGUGGGAGAACCAAGGCAGUCCUCAGACCAGCCUCUCUGCCCCGGCCGUGCCACAGAGCCUGCCCUUUCCGCCUGCCAUGCACAGGAGCUCCUUUCCUGACUCAACAGAGGCCUUUGACCCAAGGAAGCCUGACCCAUAUGAGCUCUACGAGAAAUCGAGAGCCAUUUAUGAAAGUAGGCAACAAGUGCCACCAAGGACCAGUUUUCGAAUGGAUUCCUCUGGUCCAGAUUAUAAGGAGCUGGAUGUUCACCUUCGCAGGAUGGAGUCUGGAUUUGGCUUCAGAAUCCUCGGGGGAGAUGAGCCUGGACAGCCUAUUUUGAUUGGAGCCGUCAUUGCCAUGGGCUCAGCUGAUAGAGACGGCCGCCUACACCCAGGAGAUGAGCUGGUCUACGUGGAUGGGAUUCCCGUGGCCGGCAAGACCCACCGCUAUGUCAUCGACCUUAUGCACCACGCAGCCCGGAACGGGCAGGUCAACCUCACUGUGAGAAGAAAGGUGCUCUGUGGAGGCGAGCCCUGCCCGGAGAACGGGAGGAGUCCGGGCUCCGUGUCCACGCAGCACAGCUCCCCGCGCAGCGACUACACCGCCUACGCCAACAGCAGCCACGCCGCCCCCGGGAGUGACGCGUCUCCCCCAGAAGGCUUCGCCCCGCACAGCCCGCAGGCCAGCGACGUGAUCAUCCACCGCAAGGAGAACGAGGGCUUCGGCUUCGUCAUCAUCAGUUCCCUCAACAGGCCUGAAUCCGGAUCCUCUAUCACUGUGCCACAUAAAAUUGGACGCAUAAUUGAUGGGAGUCCUGCAGAUCGCUGUGCAAAACUGAAAGUGGGAGACCGGAUCCUAGCAGUGAAUGGCCAGUCCAUCGUCAGCAUGCCGCACGCGGACAUUGUGAAGCUCAUCAAGGAUGCAGGCCUGAGUGUCACACUUCGCAUCAUUCCCCAGGAGGAGCUCCACAGCCCCACCUCGGCACCCAGCUCGGAGAAGCAGAGCCCCCUGGCCCAGCAGCACAGCCCCCUGGCCCAGCAGAGCCCUCUGGCCCAGCCCAGCCCGGCCACCCCCAACAGUCCUGUCACCCAACCGGCUCCUCCUCAGCCACUUCAGCCGCAAGGACAUGAAAAUAGUUACAGGUCAGAAGUAAAAGCGAGGCAAGAUGUGAAACCAGACAUCCGGCAGCCUCCGUUCACGGACUACAGGCAGCCGCCGCUGGACUAUAGGCAGCCUCCAGCGGGGGACUACCAGCAACCCCCGCCCCUGGACUACAGGCAGCCUCCCCUGCUGGACUACAGGCAGCACUCCCCUGACACCAGGCAGUACCCCCCGUCAGACUACAGGCCGCCCCAGGAUUUUGAUUAUUUCACUGUGGACAUGGAGAAAGGAGCCAAAGGAUUUGGAUUCAGCAUUCGUGGAGGAAGGGAAUACAAAAUGGAUUUGUACGUGCUGCGACUGGCAGAGGACGGGCCUGCAAUAAGGAACGGAAGGAUGAGGGUAGGAGAUCAAAUCAUUGAAAUCAAUGGGGAGAGCACCCGGGACAUGACGCACGCCAGAGCGAUAGAACUCAUCAAAUCGGGAGGAAGAAGAGCGAGGCUGCUGCUGAAGCGCGGGACGGGGCAGGUCCCAGAGUAUGACGAACCCGGCCCCUGGAGCUGUCCCACUGCCGCCGCCCCAGCUCUGCCGGAAGUAGGCGCCUGCCUCGAGGACGUCCUCUCUCCAUUCUCUCCAUCGCAUCCAGCCCCACCCUCCGACCCUUCCCACCAGAUAAGCCCAGACCCAACUUGGGAUAUCAAAAGGGAGCACGACGUUAGGAAACCAAAGGAGCUUUCGGCCGGCGGCCAGAAGAAGCAGCGCCUCGGGGAGCAGAGGGAGCGCUCAGCGAGCCCUCACAGGGCCGCGCGGCCGAGGCUCGAGGAGGCGCCCGGCGGCCAGGCGCGGCCCGAGGCCGGCAGGCCCUCCUCGGAGGCCAGGGCACCCGGGCCCGCGUCGGACGCGGCGCGGGCCGGCGGGAAAGAGGGGCCCCGCGCCGCGGCGGGCCCGGAGCUCGGCCGGCGCGAAGGCCCCGGGGCCGCGCCUGCGUUCGCGGGCCCGGGCGGCGCGGAGCGGCCGGGCGCGCGGGAGGCCGAGGGCAGGGCGGGCGCGCGGCCCCCGGGGGGCGGCCCCGCGCGCAGGGCCGCCGUGGCGCCGGGGCCCUGGAGGGUGCCCGGCUCCGACAGGCUGCCCGGCGUCCUCAAACCCGGCGCGUCGGCCGCGGGCAGAUGAGACGCCGCAGGCCGCCCUUCAUAGGUUCCGUCUCACGGCGUUUUAAUUUAUUUUCACUGUCACACGCAUAGAUCCACGAGGCACCAAGGCCUGGGAGCACGACGUGAGUCCACGAGCCGAGCGAGCACGGGCGGUUCGGCGUCCACGCGCAGACCUAACCUGACCCUGAGGUCCCCGGCUCCGCUGUGGGGGCCUUGGCAGCUAUGGAAGAACCAAAAUAACGUGAACAUCACAGAGAGUGCAGUGUAGCUUUAGUAAGAAAAAGAAAGAAAAAAAUAUUUACCCCCACUGCAUGAAGGAUUUGGAUGCCAUCCAAACUUUAUAUCAAGAAACUGGACAUGUUAAGAGCAAUCACAAACUGGAAUAUCGCCUUAAAAAUCAAACCGCACGGAGCAAGCUGAAACUGAGACAAGAUUAUAUCUUUUAAUUGAUCUAAAGAGCUGUAAAUAAAUUGUUCUUGACGUAUCUAGACAGGGGUUAAAAGGUUUCUUUGAAACAUUCAGAACUGUUCGCCCAGGACACAGUCCCGUGGCUCACCUGCGCCAUCCGUCACGGGUGUGAGCAACGUUCCCUGCGCACCGCAGGAGAGUUAGAAAUCUAGUGAAUUCAUUGGUGUGAUGCGAUUUUUACUGCCAUUUCUGUGAUCAAAUCAUAUUUCUGUACAUUUUCAGUGGUAGAAAAAGAGGUCUUAAAAAUUGUAUCCUAGGAAAGUUUGCCGUAAGUCAGAAUUUUGCAGUUUAGUUCAUAGACCUUAAUUGGUUUUCAACUAAAAUACGAAUUUUGUAAUUGAAGGACCACGAUCGAGAUUGGCAAUGCUGCAGUUCCUUUAUGAGAAGGCUUUCCGAUUGUCUCAGGCUAGCAGAGAUAGUGGCUUCUUUGACAGCAAUGUUGUGUUUCACCUAUUUUGUUAUUUUUAAACCCUCCUUCCAUUGUUUCAUUUUCACUUUGAUAGAGCAGAGGCAAAGAAUUUCUCUUAUAUUUCUCAGAUUAUAAUGAAUUCCUAAUAUUAAAAAAUCAUUUUUUGACCAAUUUAUUUUCACUAAAGAACAUGGAUCUUAGCAUUCCUUUCUGCUUCUCUUCCUGUCCUUAUUCAUUCUUUCAGUUCCAUGUGGUUUGCCAAUUUUUUAUUUCUUUAGCAACCUCUUGGUGUUUCUGUUUAUCUUCAUCCAUUUAUGGUUCAUCCCUAGUAAAAUUCUAAGGCUUGCCUUUCUUCCCUGUUUUACCUUUUAGUUAAUUAUCCGUUGGUACUUAUUUAUAGCUACAUGUUAAAAGGCCAAAUGUUUCCGAGGGCAGUUUCUCUGUGACUUCAUCCUUCCUAUAUUCUGUCCCUUAAAGAAGUUCAAGUGCAAAUAAGGCUCACCUCCCUACACUGUAGUCAGAUAAGUAAAACGGAGAAAUCAGGUCCAUCACAAGGUUACACAUAACAGCCUCCCCGGUUGACUCUUUCCUUCUCUGUGUAAAUUGCAGUAACCUGAGCGCUAGCAUUUAAUUUCCAUCAGCCAUAGGAGUAGUUCAGUUGUUUGACAAGAGGAGAAUAUGUUUGAAAGCCUCAGCUGAAGAGUCUUGCGGCUUGUAAAAGCAGUUUCCAAAAAUGGAAUCCAUUCAUCAUAAACAAAAGCACAAACACAUGUAGCAGUUUACAGUACUUUUGGUUUAAUCUCAAUUAGUCAUUCCCCCUGGACUAGAAAUCGGGUAGAGUUUGCCAUUAAUUUAUUGAAUCUGGUUUUGGACAAUACUUCUGUAGUGUAACUGCACGUCCCAGUACUGUAUCCUCUGACCUUUAUUUUUCCAUGUGUUACGAAAGGAUACAAAAAUUGAGAUUACGCUUGCAUAAACUCUAAUUUGCACAGUUCAUGGCUACUACUUGUGCAGUAAUUGCUUUAUGCAGCUGUAAUCCAUCACCUGUGAAGACAGCACAUCGUCUAAAUCCCAUUCCAAAUAAUAUUUCUGUGUAGUGUUAGCUGUGAAUUUACCCUGUACAGCUGUAUCUCUAUAAAUAUACUUCCAUGUAUUAAUAGUCACAGAAAGACUGUAAGUGAGCAACUAUUUUUAUGAAACGCACCACUAUGGAUAAAUUAACUUUUACAGAAAUCUUGUUUACUGUAUGAUAUUCUAAAACACUGUCAAAUAAAAUAUAUAUCCAAAAAUCUUUUUUUUUUCCAACUAUAUAGGCUGUGUGUUAAUUUGAAGGAAAUGAUUACUGGGGAUUAAUUUUUUUUUUAACUGCACUCUUUAUAAAAUUUUUUAAAGUAUAAGUUUAAAAACCCAAACAGGACUUCUUUAAAAUUUCAAUCUAAAUGCAGUGGAGUUACAUGGGGGAAAAAACUGUUGAUAUUUUUGCCCAAGUAAACUGAGAAUUUUCUCAUAGACAAUCUGCUUGGUAUUUGCCUGUCAGCGAACUACAUCGUUUAGGAACUGGCAGUAUAUUUCCGUUGCUUGCUGCAUUGAUUGAUACUGAGCCUUUUUUCAAAAAGGAUUUAAGGUAUCAAUCAAUGAUAAAUUCCAUCACAUUUUUUCCUUUUAAUUCAGAAAUUUUUUCAUGCAAAAUUCCAAGGAGUUUAUGCAGAAGCCAACAUUUAGUGAAUGCAGUGUUGAGGUCCAAAAGGAGUGGCCAAAUACCCCUUUUGCAAUGUAUUACACACACACCUAGGACGAGAGCUCUGUGCAGGGAGAGGAUGAGGACAAUGCUGCCAUCAAGGAGUUUAUAACCCAAAGAAACAGUUCUCCACCCUAGUCCUGUCAAGACUUCCCACUGAUGGUGGCAACAGGAGGCCUACAAAUCCCAGGCUGACCACUUUAACUCCAAUGUAAUUUUUUAAAAAUUAAAAAUACCAUGUGUCACUUUUAGAAAAGGGAAGCAACUGACAUGACACCAGGCACAAAAGUUAAGAUAUUUGCAAUAAAUAUAUGUCAUUCUUUAUGAACCAAUUUGAGAAUGAAUGGUCAGGGCAAACUGAAAAAGCAAAAGACUUAUAAAACAAUGUGAUUAGCAAAAUGGGGUGUAAAUAUUAAUAAUGCAUAGUAAUUAGUAUUUUGAAGGAAAAAGAAAGUCAUUAGGACAUCGGGAAGAUUAGAAAGUAGAGACCAAAGGGAUUUGGACAGAGUGAGAGCAGGACUAGGGCGAAGCUAGUGAAGUGCCCGGCCUGGACAAGAGCCUUCUCCUGAGUCAGAGGUCCCCUCGAUCAGGCAGGAAGACAUGAAAAAGUGAAGAGGGCCAGGCGGGACUGGACCGAGGGCAAGCACAUCCCUCCUCUAAAACUCAUUUUGUCAAGUCCAAGUCCACUAGGGAAUAUUCUGUCAGUUUCUCAAGAGAAGCACAAAAAAGAA